CUCCACAGCACUGAUUUCUGUAGCCAAUCGUUUUACACACCGGGGCGGGACGGCGCGCUUUCUGCCUAGGAGACCGGGUUUCCUUAGUAACGCAACAAACAGGCGCCGGAUCUACUUGUGGAGAAGGAGGGGGAUAACGAGGGCACCGGGAAGCAAUUCUGGCGUUUGGGGCACCUCGGCCUGAUCUGCAGCUACAGCAAUGAUGGUGUCCAGGAGAAGUGUUACUUACAGACAGAGGGAGAAGAUGGUAGCAGAGGCACAGCGACAAGAAUUCCUGCGGGAGGACCGAAUGAAACAUUUAAACUUUGAACAGCAAAUGGCAGAAAGUUUAAAGAGUGAGGAACGUGUGGAAAAAAAACGCUUCCUACAACGGUUACAGAAUGAAGAGCAUGAGAGGAGAAUGGACGAGUCCAUACAACAGGCAAAUGAAAGCAGGAUGUUAAAAGAGCGACAGCUGGAACAAGAAGAGAGAAUGGCAUUGGAACUGGCAAGGAUACAACAUGAAAAACUAAAAGAUGACAAGAUAAGACAACAAAUACGAGAAAACAGCACUGAACUUCGUGAGCUGGAACAAAAGCUCAAAGCUGCAUACCUCAACAGGGAGCGGGCAGCUCAGAUUGCAGAAAAAGAACUUUUCAAAUAUGAACAGAUGAAAGAAGACUUGGAAACUGUUCGUAAGCUGCAGAAAGAUCAAGAAAGAUCUGCAGAUGAAGAGAUUGUCAAAGAAACCAAGCGCUAUCAGCAGAAGCUGAAUUACCAGAGAGAGCUGGAAAGGCAGUUGGAAGAAAAAGAAAAGACAAGACAGGAAGCUUACCAGGAAUUCCUUAAAGAGAAGAUCCUUAUUGAUAAUAUUGUAAGAAAGAUCUAUGAAGAAGACCAAAUGGAAACACAGAUGAAGCUGGAGAAAAUGAAUGCCACACGGAGAUACAUUGAAGAAUUCAAAGAUCAGCAGCAAACAUGGAGACACAUGGAACAGGCAAGAAUGGAAGAGGAGAACAGGAAAAUCCUGGCAUUUGCCAACAUGCAACAGAGGAGAGAGGAGGAUCGUAUUGCAGAAGUGCGAGAGCGGGAGCAGCAGAAGAAAGCUCUACAGGAGAAGCUUGCAGAACAGAUCCAAAAAGAGCAACAGCAGCGAGAUGAACUUGAGCAAAUGCGUGAAGAGCUGUACCUGGAGGAGCAGGCUGAGGAGGCUAGGCAAAAGGAUAUUGCAGAGAUGGAGAAGAAAAUCCGCCAGCGUCUGGAAUUGCAGCAAACAUUUGAAGAGCAAAUGGCCUUUAAGCAAAUUGUGCAGCAAGCUGCCAAAGAAGAGGAGGAAGCAUUUGUACAAGCCAUGCUAGCCAAGUUUGCAGAGGAUGACCGAAUUGAGCAGAUGAAUGCGCAGAAGAGGAGGAUGAAACAGCUUGAGCAUAAGAGAGCAGUGGAGAAGCUUCUAGAGGAGAGGCGCGAGAAGUUUAUUGCAGACAAAGAGCGUGAACUUCGGGAGCGGCAAGACGAAGAAAGAAGAGAAUCAUUCCGUCGAGCAAUUAUCGAGGAGGAGAGGCAGAAAAUCCUCAAACAACAUGCUACUCAGUUGCUUGGGUAUCUUCCAAAAGGAAUAUUUAAGAAUGAAGCUGAUCUUAAUUUGUUUGAUGAAGGAUUUCGCCAGGAUUUUCAGAAAAGUAGGGCCGACAUAUCAUCAGAUGACGGAUGGGAUUAACUUAUGCAUUAGAAUGAAUUAAACUCUAGAUGACAUAAGGGCUCAUAUAGAGAAGCAAGCAGGAAACACUAGAUGCAAAAAAAAAUUGUGAUAGUGAUUUUUCUUCUGAAUUUCAUUGUAAUACAGGGAGUAUGCAAAAUAGUGUGCAAGCAAUUUACCUAUUCAAGGGUGAAAUAACCGUCCCGGGGGGGGGGGACAUUUACAAGCACAGGGCAUAUUGUAGUUGGGCAGUAACCCAUGGGAACCAAUCAGAAGUUUGCUUUCACUGGUCUAACAGCCUACCUGAUCACUGUUUGCUAUGGGUUACUGCCAAGAUGCAAAUUUGCCCAGCUUUUGUAAAUGAGCCCUAAUGUGUGCAUGCAUUAUAUCAAUUGCAUGUGUAUGGGCAGCACCCUGUGUGUAGUUCAUUACAGCAGGCUAAACAGGCACAAGUACCUUUGUGAAUAGAAGGAAACAUAAUUUGGAGCACAAAUUUGCACAUACUCUAAUAAAUGAGCCCUGAUGUGUACUAUAAAAUAGUUUUUUUAUUCUUGUUAUUUUAUGUAAAUUAAGAAAAUUAUAAAUAAAAGGUGUAGCAAGCCUUA